AUGAACUUUUUCGACCUUCACUCUCAUAGGGCACAGCUUAUCGCGACUGCUGUUGUUGCUGCCGUUGCAACUGGCAGUCUUUUCUCGGUGCUCAAUGCGUAUUCCCGGCAUACCAAGCGACGUGCUCUAAAUGACGACGUUCUACGUUCUAUUUCAACCAAUGCGUCCAACUAUAAUAUUCAAAAGCACCUGGACGAUGCCACGGAGGAGAUAAUGCUGAAACCUCGCGACACCCCUUUUGAUGAAGGCCUGAUAAAGGAGCAGCUCGCUCGAAACUACGCGUUUUUCGGCGACGAAGGCAUGGCAAAAGUUCGCUCUGGCAGCGUAGCCGUCAUUGGCUGUGGAGGUGUGGGAAGCUGGGCUGCCGUCAUGUUGGUUAGAUCAGGAGUAUCCAAAAUCCGUUUGGUGGACUUUGACUACGUCACUCUGUCUUCGCUCAAUCGUCAUGCCACGGCGACGGUGUCAGACGUGGGAAUGCCAAAAGUCAAGUGUAUUGAGAAGGCCUUGAAGCAGAUCUCGCGAUGGGUAGAGGUCGAUUCGCGAAUAGAAAUAUGGAGAAAGGAAGAGGGCGGCAUGCUGCUUGAAGGUGUUGACUGGGUCAUCGAUGCCAUUGAUAACAUCACGACGAAGGUCGACUUGCUCAAAUACUGCCACGGAAAUAACAUCAAGGUCUUCUCCUCCAUGGGUGCUGGCGCUAAAUGCGAUCCCACGAGGGUGCAAAUCAGUGACAUUUCGUACACCAUCUAUGACCCACUUGCUCGUUCCGUUCGCAGGAGACUGCGUUUGCUUGGCGUCACCUCAGGAAUACCGGUGGUAUAUUCCACAGAAGUACCGAGCGAUGUCAAACUCCUCCCUCUCCCCGAGGAGGAAUUCCAAAAAGGCGCCGUUAAAGAGCUCGGCGUAUUCGAUGAUUUCAGGGUCCGCAUCCUACCCGUCCUCGGACCCCUGCCUUCAAUCUUUGGGUUGCACAUUGCGACAUACAUACUCUGUGAUUUGGCCGAUAAACCCAUCUUAAAUCCCCUACCAAUAAAAAACCGAAGAAAACUAUACGAAAGAAUGCUUCGAGACCUUCUCAAGCGGGAGUCACAAUUUGUCGGAGAAACGAUAAAUAAGCUACCUAUCGACGAAGACGAUGUUUCCUUGAUUUUGGAGGACUUGUAUCGUGGUAGAUCGGCUAUUCCGCCCCACGAAGUUCCUGCAAGGCCAGUGCUGGUACGGUGGGAUCUACGACGACCUCUUAGCGUGGAUAACUGCGUUGUGAUGGACCAAGGCGAUGGCGAGAAACAUAUGAAGGCUUGUCGGACAGGAGCUAACGAGAUUCAAGAUCCGCUAAGCGUCUGGGGCGAUAAGGUUCAAGAUGUGGUGGACAAGAAAGCCCAAGAAAUCAGGCAGUACCUGCAAUGGCAAGCCUGA